AUGCCACGAGGAGGUGAGUCGUCGGCCGGAACAGGUGAAUUGAAGAUAAAGGAGGGGUCGCCGUGGGUGAAAGACGGAUCGUCAUGGGUGGUGGAUUCCUGCAUACCGAGAUGGAAAUUGGAUCUCAAUGAUAAAGUUAUUAUUGCUAGUCGGGGGGACACUAGUUUGGUUGCUGUAAGGAAAUUCUCAGGCCCGGACGCGGAGAAAAAGGUUCAAACACUGUGGAGAAUUAAGCACGACAAGUUCAUUGCAUUACUGGGCUGCUUCUGCUCCGAAAAUUCAUUGUAUGCCAUUUUCGAGCACGAUAUCAGUAAGGAAGAGACAAUAGUUGUUACUCUUUCUCAAUUUGCCUUGUCUGAUCCCUAUAUUGACGAAUUCCAACUAGCAAAAAUACUUGGGCAGAUUUUGGAAGGUCUUGAAUACCUCCAUUCGAAAGGCCUACAACAUGGUUCAAUAGAAUGUGCAAACAUUCUCGUUGGUGACAGGGGAUCUAUCAAAAUAGCAGGCCUGGAACACAGCACAAAACUUGGCUUAAAUGAGGUCGCUACUAAAGAUAUUAAGGCAAUCUAUUAUGUAAUAUGGGAGCUGAUGCACAAAAAACCCGCUACUAAAGACAUCAGAGAUAGGGGGGAACUAGCAGUUCCUAAAUCUCCCAUGUGGCCUCCUAACUCCACCGCGGCCAAGUUUAUAUCGGAGAUAAAAGAUGCACGUUCGAUUGAGAAAUUACAAGAGGUAUAAAAAAAAUCGUAUCCUUGAUAUCGACUACUUUCUAAUAUGUCUAAGCAUUCUCUGUUCAAGUGCCAGUGGCAAAAUGCCGACAUUAGGUGGAUAGCGAAGUUGUCUGAGAUUACAGUCCACCUAGCGCCCAAAUGGCCUAUUCAGCUACGGUAUCCAGAGCAAAUAGCCAGAGAAACCCAUUCAUGACAUUUCAUCUCACCGCAAAUGGCAAGUUGUCUUGUAUCGUCGCCCUAUCUCUGCUACUCGUUACUCAUAUUUUAUUCAGUUAUUUACAAAUACUCAUAAAUAACUUGAAUAACUUGAAUAACUUGAAUAAUUCACGCAUCCGGUCCGUAAACAGCGCUCUGAGGCCAUGAGGCGGAACGACCGAGAGAGUUUGCCCCUUCAACUAAGAGGGCCUGCUCCCU